GUGAGAGAGGCGGCAUGUCGCCGCGACUGAGCGGCUAGAGCAUGCAGCUGACAGUGCUUCUAGGUCUGGGGUUGUGCGUUUGUAGGGUCGGGUCGAGCGAGUUUCCAGAGCGGGAAUGUUGUGACCCUGUGUACCCCCUGCCCGCGGUCUCGGCGUCGGUAACCCCGGACCCUCCGAGCUCGGUGUCGGCGUCGUCCGUCACUCAAGAAACGCACACAGGUCACCCAAUAAAAAGCAAGAUCGAAACAUACAACUGUUUGUUGGCGCGACAACUGUGCUUUGAAGACCCGUCCUGCUCGCCGAUUUUGGAAACAAUUCCGAGAGUUUGUGGUGCUGAGUUUGUAUCAUGUUCCACGGUGACAGUGACCAAGUGUCAAGCCGCCCUUAGAACUUUGCAGCUCUUCCCCUUCUUCAAACCGACCUGCCUUUGUCGCGAACCCCAGCUAGACCAGGAGUGCAACUCCUUCAGAAACUUCCUCUUUGACCAUCCCUGCAUGUUCGUCACAAAGAAAGAAAAAGACCCGUAUCCAAUAGAAGCCCUGCCCACUUGUAAUCAUGCACUUUCCGUUUGUCAGAAGGAGAAGGUUUGCAAUCAGUUAUACGAGAACUUCAAAAGUCACUGCAAAGUUCGCGAUGGCAAGUGCCUCAUGGAAGAUAGGGAGGCGUGCCACGAGGCCUGGACCAAUAUCCGAUAUACCCCGAUGUUCGGAUGCAUUUGUCCGAACAACCACAUGAAGAAGCGAUGUGACCGUGUGUUCACAUCGGUAAACCACAACCCUUGCAUAGUUAAGGAGAUAUCCAAGGAAGCGCCGUUCUCGUUUGACGGCGUCGAAUCUCAGGUAGAAAAUCCGUUGAUGGGGCUAAGAGGGGCCGUUCUUAAAGAAAGCGGGCCGAGCCAAGAGCAUUUGGGCGGCUACAGCAAAUUGUUCGGCUCGCCCGGCCUCCGUACCCGACCCAGAACCUCUAAGAUAUCUCCAAGCACAGGACCGAAAGCGGAAGAGAAUGCUUCAAUGACAUUUCAGAGUACAUGCAACCAAGCAUUGGAGCUGUGCAACAACAACUUUGAGUGCAGAAAUGCUUUAAUACCAGUCCUGCAGUUCUGCAACAUCAGUCGCUGCAAGAGACAGAACUGCAUGGAGGCUCUGCAGAAUCUUUACAGAACAGUUGAUGAUACUUGGAGCAUAGAGAUCGCCUUCUGUCUGUGCAAGAAGACCAAGAACAAUCAGGACGAAUGCCUAAUAGCACAGGAGAUCCUACACCCCGUCUGUGCACAGCAGGUUGAGGGAUCUGUGGUUCCUACAUGCCACAGCCUUGCUGAAUACUGCAGGGACGACGAUGCUUGCAAGGUGCGGCUUGAGAGCUAUGAACAGUCUUGCGCGGUGGAUAGUGUCACCAAGCAAUGUGCUGGAUCGCCUGGAGAAUGCCGCAAAGCUAUGCUGGGGAUCCUGGGCACGGCAUUGCGGUCAAACUGCGCUUGCAAGGGCACAGACUUCUCCCAGCUCUACGACUGUAUGGGCUGGCAGCGGGUGUUGUGGUUCAACCCGUGUGUCGUGGAGUCACAAAGAGAAUUUCACAUGAAGAAAGUAAAGUAUAGUAUGUCAGUAACGACAACGCUGGCAACCACGACCACGAUGGCAACCACCGUCAACUUGCUGACAACCAAAACAACCGCUCGGGCCACCACGACGACUCCAGCACCGACCACGACAACCAUGACUACAGCCGUGACGACAGCAGCGACUAUAGCGACCAGGCCACCACCACCGUCCACUACAACUACCACGACAACCACGACAACCACUACGACUACCACAACCACACCUGCUCCGACCACUCUGCCAACCACUACGCCAACCACGACGGUGGAAACGACCACGCAGUACAUCACCACGGAGUCUACCCUACCUCCGAGAUUCUGUGUGGUGCAGCGUCCCCACCAUCAAGACCAGCAAAUUCCUGAGGGAGAUGGGAAAAGAUUGUACCGAGACGACGAGCCCGACUGCUCCGAGAUUUGCCAGUGCGGUGAAGGGGAAGUUUUGUCUUGCAAUACUAUCUGUGUUGAGCGUGCUGCCUGCAAGACUGACUUUGCUUUCUACAACCACGCUGCGCCUGCCUACCAGGCUUACCGUGGCCGUUGUCUGUGCUAUUCUGGCAGGUUCAUCUGUAUGCGACCUGCACCUGGUACGUACAAGCUACCUCAAGGGGUUUUCCUUUUUCUGGGCUACAGUGAGGCAGAUGAAAAACUGCUCAGUCCUCUAAUCAAAAUACAGGUGGAAGACGCUGCCCUGUCUUUGCAGAGCCUCAUCAAAAGGAGUAUAAGAAAACAGUUCAACUGCAAUUUGUCACUAUACAGUUUGUCACAAGAGAACAUCAUCCUAGUGGCUAAACUAGCUGAUGUGAACUCCUCCUUGACCAGGAAUUUACAACAGCAGUCCAACAGUAAUUUGUUUCGCAGGGAAAAGGAGGAGUGUGUCGGAGCACUACAAGACUUCAGCGAGAAGGUCAAUUCACGACACCCAAUCGUACACUCUCAUCUGCUCCUGUCCAUCUUUAAGAUGGCUGAAGUAGAAGUUGUGGUUCCUGCGUCCAGCUCAAGUUCACCAAUUAUUGUUAAGCAUGUGCUCAAUAUAGCUGUAGUUGUAUGUUUACUAUUCGCUCAGCAAUACUUUGUCACACACUUGAUAUCGUGACAUUAGGCGCACCCUAGGGUCUCAUGUUUAUAUCUUGCAUCGUAACUAGUCUAAGUUCACUAUUGACAUCAAUUCAUAUAAUUAGAACAUGGCAAACGAAAUAGACCCCUUUUAGAUAAGUAGGUUUGUGACAAAUUAAAUGACCGUGAUUGAUUCUGCCGUCAAAUCAAUAGAUGUCAGGUUUUUUGCACAGUAUGAUUAUAUUUUGGAUAGACGAGUGACUAAAACAAAACCACAAAGUAAUAAAUCAAGCUGACAUGAAUUGAAUCGAGCAAUUAUCAUUUUAAACUUUCAUUUUCAAAAUAGUUAACUAAAAAUAGUUUUUCCAUCAGUGGGAAAGUUUUUUAUUUAAAUUCCUUGUAUUUUCAGAAUGUAAAAUAAUAGAGCUAAAGAAAACAAAAAUUAAAUCCUUUAGAAACUAGACAGUUUUUUAGCAGUGGUGCACCUGUAAAUUAUGGAAUACCAAAACUUA